AUAGUGGCAAAAUCCGUAGUUCUGAAAAACUAUAGGCCCAUUUACGAACCCCCACCAGAGUCCUAUAUAAACGACACACGACCCACGUCGUUGGCAGGCACCGUUUAAAACCCCAUUUUCCAACUGCGAGAGAGAGAGAGAAAGCUCCGGAGAGAGAGCGAAAAUUCGAAGCGAAACGGUGCGUUUUGGCUGGGAUGGGAAACAGGAGGUUCGCGCAGAUCGCGACGAGCGACGACGAAGAGGACGACUUCGCGCGGCAGAGCCAGCAGUCGUCGGAGGAAGUUCCGGCGUCGACGAGGAAGAGGAAGCUGAAGAGAGUGGCGGAGGAGGAGGAGGAGGAGGAGAGGCGGAGGAGUAGGAAGAAGAAGAAGAAGGGAGAGGAAGAUGCUGAAACGGCGUCGGAGGGAGAAGAGGAGGAGGAAGAGGAGGAGGACGAGGAGGACGAGCUGGAAGCCAAGCCGAUUGGGGAGAUGGUUAAGAUUUCCGGCAAGGGGAGAACUCGGAGGCAACAUUACCAGGCUUUUGAGUAUGAUGGAAACCAAUACGAGCUGGAGGAUCCGGUUCUUCUAACGCCCUCUGAUAGAAGAGAGAAGCCUUAUGUGGCAAUUAUUAAGGAUAUCACUCAGCUCAAAGAUGGGAACAUGGUGGUGUUAGGGCAAUGGUUUUAUCGUCCUGAAGAGGCAGAGAAAAAAGGGGGUGGAAACUGGCAGUCACAAGACACAAGGGAGCUGUUCUAUAGUUUUCAUCGUGAUGAGUGUCCAGCAGAAUCUGUGAUGCAUAAAUGUGUGGUUCAUUUUGUUCCUUUACACAAGCAGCUGCCAAAGCGUAAAGAGCAUCCUGGAUUCAUUGUGCAAAAGGUGUAUGACACCGAUGGGAAGAAGCUUUGGAAGCUAACAGAUAGAGACUAUGAAGAAGAUAAGCAGCAUGAAAUUGACUUACUAGUUCAGAAAACCAUGCGAAGAUUGGUAGAUCUUCCUGAUAUUGAGAUUGGAGAUCCAACUACUAAUCAGGAUGAUCAAUUGAAGAGCAAAAGAAAUUUGAUUAAAAAGAAUAUAGCACCCCUUGAUGUUUCUAGAGUGGAAGAAGCAACAACUAGGCCUGGUAAAAUUCAAAAACCUGAAACACCUGGAAGCUGUAUGACUAAUUCCUCAGAGUACCAUCGUAUUUUAGUUGAGCUCAAUGCAUUAACUGGAGACACACAUCGUGACAAAUGGUUGGAGAAGCUUAUAAAAGAGCUACAGUUCAUAUGCAGUUCUACUGACAGCAUGAACGGAGGUGAUAAAAGAAAAUGUGGUUCUGAUGAAACUGACUGUAAAUCCCCAGAUGUUGCAAAUGGACGUCAGGAUACAAAUCUCAAGGGCGGCAAGCCUUUUCACUGGCCAGAUGAUGCUGUCCGUGCAGCUACUGCUCUGGAGAAGGCCUCACAUGAUUCCCUCUCCUCCGAUUACCAGAAGUAUAACCAAAAAUUGCGGUCAUUGUCCUACAAUCUCUCGAAACAAGUGGUGCUAGCCCGCCGUCUGCUAAGUGGAGAGUUAGAGCCUUCAACUAUACUAAAUAUGUCACCAGAUGAGUUAAAGGAGGGUUUAACAGCUGAGGAGAGAGCAAUGAAGGAGCCUGAUGAGUCAGAGCGUAUGCAGAUGACUGAUGCGCGUUGCACAAGAUGUUCGGAGCUCAAAGUAGGAGUGAGAAACAUCAUUCAAGCAGGACAUGGUGCUCGCUACGAGUUGGAGUGUACUGCCUGUGGUAAUAUGUGGUAUGCCGCUCGAGAUGCAGUUUCUAUGCUUACUAUUGACACACCAAGUUCAAACAAGAAUGUUGGUACUGUUCCAUUGGCCACUGCUAAAUUUGAAGAUGUUGAGAAGAAGCUGGUCAGUCCCCGUGAAUCUGACAAGACAGCAGCUCCCGAAACUAUAAAAAAGACUACUGAAGCAUAUAUGCCCAUCUUAGAGGCACAAAGAUCAUUUGGUAAGUCUAAAAGGGAAGAAAACUCUGAAUCUGCAAAGAAUGCUGAGUAGCAAUGUUGCGGCCUUUAUUGGAUUUAGAAAUUUAGGUGUAUUUAGCUAGGAAAUGUCCCUUGUAGACUUCUGUACAAAGUAGUAUACUCAUGUCCAAGUUAAUCAGUGGUUCUAUCACUGACCCUGCUGUAGCUUUAACCUUAUCAGAGUUGUUACCUCACAUACUAGUACCCCUUCUAUCGUGAGGGUUAGGAUGGAUAGUUUUACCUGCUCCUCAACCCAUAUACCGCAUCUGCGUCGAUUUGCAUGAUGUUAUAGUAUGUAUGGGAAUUUGACAUGUCAUUGGUGAUGCCUCAGCACCCGUUUUCUUUUUAUUGCUUCCACUUUGUUGAUGAAA